GGGUGAUAUCAGUCAGCCACUGAAUCUUGUCCUGGGCACAUCUCAGUAAUUCUGAAACCGCUGUGAAAACAAUCUAAGCCAUUCCUUGAUAUCAAAAAUACUCGUACUCUGCUGAACAGCUAUUUCAACUAUUACUCCAUCUUAAAUUCCGAAAAUCAGAGCCACCAUAUCGUAAUCAUGUUCGACGACGAGCCAAUCUCCAGCUUUGUGUUCACCAACGACGAGACGAAGCAGACCUUCCACCACCAGUGGUUCGCCCAGGGCCAGCUGCACGAGUGUGCCACCUGCUACAGCUCCAUCGACGCGGAUGAGCCGCCCUCGCAGCACUGGCUGCGCGGAGGAGAAGGCUCCCAGGGGCUGCAGCUCACCAAGCAGCAGCAGGCCGUCCUGGACAUAAUCGAGGCCCGCCAGAUCGAGACCUUCUUCUUCUGCGACGAGAGCUCCAAGGACAAGCUGGACCACUUUAUGGGGGAGACCUGUGCCCGCGGCAUCCCCGAGCUGCUCCGCUGGAUGUUCCAGAACAACACCGUGGCCGUGGAAUUCAAUCUGGCCUGCUACGUGAACGCCAUGGAUCAGGUGCUUAUCUUCCAGAGCGGGUCCUUGAAGGUGGACCACCACUACGACGUGGACGAGUGCGUCGGAGUGCUCUACGAGAUGCUGAUGCAGAGGAUCGAGAACUACCUGAAUUGCAGCAGUGAGUACGGCAUGGCCGAGUGCAGCAUCACCAGGUUGAAGGUGCAGGUCAAAAGGAUUAGGGUGGACGCGGAGAGUCAGUCAGCGGAGUCCCCCUUCUUCGCCCUGCCCCUGCAGCUGAAGCAGGAGGAGGGUCUGACCACCACUUCCAGUCCACCCACCAGCGAAGCUGAGUUGGCCAGCCUGCGAUCCGCCUACCUCAAGCACUUUCGCGAGUGCAACGGCUACUUCCCGCCAAACAUGCGGGUCAAUCUCUACGGCCUGCAGCAGUGCAAGACCACCAAGGAGCUGUACGUGGUGCCCUACCACAUCAGCGAAACCCUCCAGCAGCUGCCCAACAAGAACUUCCUGAUCCUGAACAACAUCAUGGGACAGUUCCAGCGGCUCCACGAGCUCUCCACCCCCGUCAAGUCGAUCGAAAGGGACCCCACCAGCUCGCCCCUGAAGGACCUGCACUGCCGAAGGUGCCGCACGAAGUUCUCGAGAAGCAGCAAACUGCAAAUCCACCAGAGGCUGCGCUGCGGCCAGGACUUCACCGUGGACAGCAUGCACGCGGACAUCGUCGAAAUCUACGAGCAGUGCCUGCCCAUCUCGAGGAGCGUCUUCCAGCACGCCUGCUACGGCAUCACCAAGCCCAAGACCGUGAUGCGGAAGGGUCAGUUCGUGCCCAUCGAGUGCGACUGGCGCAGCGAGAGCUCCGUGAAGGUGCAGCACGGCCCGUGUGUGGUCAUCAGCAACGCCCAGCACAGCAGCCCCUGUAAAUUUUAUUAAAUAAAUAAUAACUUUAAGCACA